ACCAUCGAGUUCCAAGUUCCAACAACAAUUACAAGCAGCUCUCUCAGUGACCACGCAAUCCCAAUUUCGUUUCAGUCUUUCAAUCGAACGUCAAAAUCGUAGGGGCAAUGUCGAUCAUACCUAGAUUUUUUGGUGGCCGACAAAGUAGUGUCUUCGACCCCUUCAAGGAUUUUCCCUUCCCCACUUUCCCUGAAUUUUCUCGGGAAAAUUCUGCGUUUGUGAACACCAGAAUCGACUGGAAGGAGACCCCAGAAGCCCACGUGUUCAAGGCCGAUCUUCCGGGGCUGAAGAAGGAGGAGGUGAAGGUUGAGAUAGAAGAUGACAGAGUGCUCCAGAUCAGCGGAGAGAGGAAUGAGGAGAAGGAAGACAAGAACGACACGUGGCAUAGAGUGGAGCGUAGCAGCGGCAAGUUCAUGAGGAGGUUCAGGCUGCCGGAAAAUGUGAAGAUGGAGGAGGUGAAAGCGUCCAUGGAGAAUGGGAUUCUUACGGUCACUGUUCCUAAGGUGGAGGUCAAGAAGCCUGAUGUGAAAUCCAUUGAAGUUGCUGGUUGAAGCAAUUGUAUGAUUGUACCAAUGAGUCUCUAAUAACUCUAAUGACUUUACCAUCACCAAAUACUUGUAUCAAAUGGAUUUGAGCACAGUGUUCAAAAAAAUCAAUUUUUUCUUCAAAUUUAGUAUAUGUCGAACAUUAAUUGUCAAAGUUCAAA